AUGACUGGCCCAAAAGAUUUAACACAUUUGUUGUCUGAAGAAUCAAAAUCUCGUCAACCAUCAGCUCUUAAAACCGCCUUCAAAUAUUUUGCUGAUCCAAAUAUCGUCUUUUUAGGUGGUGGUUUACCAUUAUCUGACUAUUUCCCAUGGAACAAGAUCACUGCUGAAUCACCAGCCGCUCCUUUCAGAAAUGGUAUUGGUGCUGUUCCACAAUCCGCUGAUGAAAAAGUUGUUAUCGAAUUAGGUAAACACUCUUCAGAAAAUGGUCAUCAUGAAGAUAUCCCAUUAUCUCGCUCUUUACAAUAUGGUUACACUGAAGGUCAACCAGAAUUGAUCAACUUUAUAAAAGAACAUACCAAAUUGGUUCAUAAAAUCCCAUAUGAUGGUUGGGAUAUCAUUGCAACUAUUGGUAACACACAAUCUUGGGAUGCUACUUUGAGAACUUUCUGUACAAGAGGUGAUGUUAUUCUUGUUGAAGAUUAUAGUUUCAGUUCUGCUUUGGAAACCGCCAAUGCUCAAGGUGUUAUUCAAUUCCCAGUUCCUGUUGAUGAUUUUGGUAUCAUUCCAGAAAAAUUGGAGUCCAUUUUGAAUGAUUGGGUUGGUCCAAAACCAAAAUUAUUAUACACUAUUCCAACUGGUCAAAACCCAACUGGUUCUUCAUUAUCUCCAGAAAGAAGAAAAGCUAUCUACAAAUUGGCUCAAGACCAUGAUUUCAUCAUUAUUGAAGAUGAACCAUACUAUUAUUUACAAAUGGAUACAUACACCGAAGAUGCAUCCUCAAGAGCUGGUAAAGCUGUUCACUCUCAUAAAGAAUUUUUGGAAGCUUUAGUUACAUCAUUUAUUUCUUUAGAUGUUGAUGGUAGAGUUAUUAGAUUAGAUUCAUUCUCUAAAGUUAUUGCACCAGGUUCUCGUAUGGGUUGGAUUGUUGCUCAAAAACCAUUAUUGGAAAGAUUUGUUAGAAUACAUGAAGUUACUAUUCAAACAGCAAGUGGUUUCACUCAAAGUUUAAUCAAUGGUACUUUGGUUAGAUGGGGUCAAGAAGGUUAUUUAGAUUGGUUAAUUGGUUUACGUCAAGAAUAUACACAUAAACGUGAUGUUGCAAUUGAUGCCGUCAACAAAUAUUUCCCAAAACAAGUUUCUCAAUUCACUCCACCAGUUGCAGGUAUGUUUUUCACUGUUAAAUUUGAUGCUUCAAAACAUCCAAAGUUCGAAUCUGAAUUCGGUAAAGAUCCAUUAAAAGUUGAAAAUGCAUUAUACGAACAAGGUUUAGAAAACGGUGCUCUUUUGAUUCCAGGCUCUUGGUUUAAGGCUAAAGGUCAAACCAACCCUCCACAAAAAGAUCAUAGAGUCCCAGGUAGUGAAAAUAUCAUCUUUUUCAGAGGUACUUAUGCUGCCGUUCCAUUGGAUAAAUUGGUUAUUGGUUUAGAGAGAUUUGGUCAAGCUGUUACUCAACAGUUUGGUUUAUGA